AGUUAUUUGACAGCUCCUCGCCAUAUUGUUGCCCUGGCCACCGGCAGGCGCCCGAAAAUACCACUCCUCGUGCUGAGCUUCGUUCAAUUGAAGCCAGCAAACCAUGUCGUUAUUCGAGCUUCAGAAGGAGUUGAAGAAAUUCAACCAGGCGAGUAAACUUACGGGGGCCGUGAAGGAUGUCGAUCAGUUGAUCGAGGUUCUCGUAAGCGCAAGGGAAGAAGUUGCUUCAGCAAACGACCCACAUACUACGAGUUUGACUCUCACAAAGCUGCAAAAUCCCGUCAGCGCACAACUGGACGCCAUAAACGUCGACCUCGGCAGAGUACACAAGAGCCAGAAUGCAUUCCACAAAGCCCUCAGCAGAGCCUUGAAGGAGACCAAGGGGACACUGCCAACGGAUCAUGAUCCAAUGGCCUCACAGACAGCCCUGAUCAAUCGCGCUAUUGCUAUGCAUCUGCUGCGCGAGGGCCAGUUUGGUGUGGCUUCUACGUUCAUAAGAGAAGCACACCCACAAAGCGAAACGUCCGAAUCUUUGAAGCAGGCUCAGCGUCCACCUUCGAUAACGAUAUCACGGCCUGACACGCCCCCGGAUGCGAUGAUAACAGACGCGGACAUACCUUCAGAUCUGACAGCCUUUCAGUCCCAAGCUCUCCAAGAGAAAUUUGCUGGGAUGUAUUCAAUCUUAACCUCGCUCCGGCAGCGAGACCUAUACCCCGCUAUAGCGUGGGCGAGAGAAAACUCAACCGAACUUGAAGCACGAGGGUCUAACCUGGAGUUUGAGCUAUGCAAACUGCAAUUUAUCUGGUUAUUCAAGGGGCCUCUCGUGAACGGCUUACCUGCGACAGAGGAUAACGGUGUUUCGGGCGCCUUGAAGUACGCACAAGAGAACUUCGGACGCUUCCAACAAAGGCACCUGCGAGAAAUUCAGCGACUUACCUGCGCCGUGGUGUACGUGUCCAACCUGGCAGACUCUCCUUACCGCACCAUCUUUGACAUCUCGCUCGCAUUCGACGAGGUAGCCUCGUCCUUCACGCGUGAGUUCUGCUCGUUGCUCGGCCUGUCAGCUGAAUCGCCUCUCUACGUGGCUGCGACAGCCGGUGCUCUCGCCCUCCCGAACCUCGUCAAAUGGACAGGUAUCAACAAGGCCAAGAACACAGAGUGGACCACACAGAACGAACUUGCCUUCGAGACCCCCCUCCCGAAGAGCAUGCUCUACCAUUCCAUCUUUGUUUGCCCCGUGAGCAGGGGCCAGACAACGGACGCGAACCCCCCGAUCAUCCUGCCAUGCGGCCACGUUCUUGCUCGUGAAAGUCUACAAAAGCUGGCGAAGGGCAUCAGAUACAAGUGCCCAUAUUGUCCCAGCGAGGGCGUCGUCAAAGACGCCAAAGAAAUUAUUCUCUAGGCUAUACGCUGGAACAUUUAUUUAACAUCAUCCUAUAAUGCGGGAUAAACCUCAGGUCUGGUUCAAUAACGGGAUAUCGGGAUAGUGGGUACAUAAGACAUUCUAUUGCUUAUAUGUGUAGGAAGGGCGUUAAAGGGGUAUGGAUCAUCAUUUGCAAAGCGAGGGGCUCUACGGAACUGGGUAUUGCGGCUGGAAACAC